UGGGUAGGCCUGAAGUCCGAAUAAGGCCAUACUUGCUCACGGGUCGGGUCGAAGUCGUGGCCCGAUAACUGAAGCGUUGUAAGUUUCUGAAUGAAAAUUUGCAAUCUUGGUAUGCCUUCGGUUUCCGUUCAUUGCAUGCUUUAGAUGGGAGGGUUUACUGAUUCUCGGAGUCCAGGCAAUCGGACGGAGGUCAUGGCCAAUGAUGCAUACGAGUUAUCAGGUGAAACUGAGCCGGAUUCUAUGGACGAUGAAGAAGAUGAAAUUCAGUUCAAUAAUUUAUUUGUUGCUGCCACUUGCGCUAUAUAUAUGUAUCAUGAGAAGUACAUAUGGAAGGCUCCAUCCAUGCCAUCAAAAGAAACUGGGCAAAUGUGGGUUCUAAACGUGCUUAAUGGCGAUCCUUCUCGGUGCCUUGAGGCCUUCAGAAUGCCAAAGGAAAUCUUCAUUGAUCUUCUUGGAGAAUUGGGUUCCAAAUAUGGUUUAAGAGGUUCAAGAAGCACCUCAAUUAAAGAGGUACUUGCCAUGACUUUGUCAGUUCUUGGAUGCAAUGAAUCUAACAGAACUGUUUGCAAACGAUUCCAACAUUCAGGGGAGACCGUUAGUAGAUAUUUCAAUGAAGGUCUUAUGGCACUCGCUCGCAUGUCCAUGGAUAUUAUCUCUCCCUCUGAUUUUGAACCAAAUAUUGCAAGGGAUACUAAGUACAUGCCAUACUUCAAGGACUGUAUUGGUAUAAUAGAUAGUACUCAUGUCAAAGCUCGUGUACCUGUAAAUGAUCAAGUUGCUCACACAGGGAAGAAAGAGCCCCCCAAACAAAAAGUUCUAGCGGUUUGUGAUUUCAAUAUGUGCUUUACUUUUGUCGUUGCUGGUUGGGAGGGAUCUACAGAGGAUGGGACAAUCUUAAACCAAGUUAUUAGUGACCCAGCACAUAAUUUUCCUGCCCCUUUGAAAGGAAAAUACUACCUCGUGAAUUGCCGAUGUCCCAUGAGACGAGGAUUUUUACAACCAUAUAGGGAGAACGACCGCUUGCCUGAUUUUUGGCCAUUUUGUGAGUUCUCACACGAUUAUCAGAGGGUUUUUAAUCAAAGACAUUCUUCACUCCAUAGUGUAAUCAAAAGAGCUUUCGGAAUUUGGAAGAAAAAGUGGAUUGUCUUACAGGACAUGCCUUUCUUUUCUUUUGAGAAGCAAAGGUUGAUAGUAGCAGCAACAAUGGCAUUACAUAAUUACAUACGCCGGCAUCAUAGUCGAUCUGAUCCUGAUUUUCGAGAAUAUGAUGAAAAUCCUGAAUUUGUGCCUUCAGAAACACAAAAAUAUCAUGUAGCAGAGGACCCAAUUAGUCAGCCUGGAGAGUAUAAUGGACAGGAUGAAUAUGAUUAUAGUGAUGAAGAUGAGCUUGAUUUUGAAGGUGAGAAUGAUGAUACUACUAUGUCUAUGGCACAGCUGAGAGAUCGCAUUGCACAUGAAUUAGCUACAGGUGCUGUAAGUAUUUGAUGUUAUGUGUAAGCUUUCAUUAUAAUACAAAGUACUUGAUUUCUUUUAGCUGUUAUGACUUCACUUUGCUGAAAUAUAGUUCAUAAUUAGUUGGGUUCAGUUAGAAAAUAUGAAUAAAUGUAUCUUUUUUUCA